AUUUCUCCACCGACCCAAACUGCUGUAUCAAAAUGUGUGUGCUAACGAUUCGACGGCUCUUCACCAUGAACGCGAAGAGUUCUUCGAUUCGAGCUCUUUAUGAUCUCUCCAAGAAGACCUUCACGCCAUCUGUAACUCUCCAACCAUCUCCUCAAGCCAUCCACAAGCUCUCUUCCUUACUUGAUACAAUUGGCCCAGAAGAUGUUGGGCUGAAAGAUGAAAGUCAAGAGGAUGAGAGGGGCCAUGGUCUUUUUGGAAUUAAUGUAUUUAACCGAGUGGAUAGAUGGGCUCAACCAAUAACAUAUGUAGAUAUCCACGAGGGACAAAGCUUUACAAUGUGCAUAUUUUGCUUCCCCACUUCUGCCGUUAUUCCUCUGCAUGAUCACCCUGGAAUGACAGUCUUGAGCAAAGUUCUCUAUGGCUCCUUGCAUGUAAAAGGUUAUGAUUGGGUUGAGCCACCUUGCAUCCGGAAAAGUGAGCAAACAGGUCAACCUGCAGUGAGAUUAGCUAAGCUGUCUGUUGAUAGAGUUGUGACGGCACCUUGUGGUCCAUCUGUUUUGUACCCCAAAAGUGGAGGAAAUCUGCACUGUUUUACCGCUGUCACACCUUGUGCCGUGCUUGACAUUCUUGCCCCUCCUUAUGAUGAAGCUGCCGGCAGAAGAUGCACCUACUACCAUGAUUACCCUUAUUCCAGCUUUGGUGCAGGAAAUGAAGAUGCUAUUGUCAAUGGAAAAGAAGAUGAGUAUGCAUGGCUUACUGCAACUGAUACACCGGACAAUCUCUAUAUGCGCUCGGGAAGGUACAUGGGUCCGGCCAUUCAAACUUAGUAGAGCAGCCAGAAACUCAGGAAGAUAUCCAAGCUCUACUAAUGGAAGAUGUUUAUGAACUCUUUUACAACAUGGGCAUAGAUUAGGAAUUCCCAGUUGUCAAAAUUUGCAUCUUCGGAGGAAUCCUAGUAUGUUUCCCAGCAAGAUUGUAGGAAAAUCUUGUUACUGGGCAGUGUAUUAGAUUCUGCUAGAAGUUGCAGGAUUAUUAUCAUAUAACCAGUUAUAUACUACUCGUUCUGUCUCA